AUGGAACUUCAAGUGGAAAUAGAUAUUAUUACUCCUGAAAGCGAUACCAAUGUAAAUUCCGGAACGAUAAAUGCUAAUACUGCUAGCUCAGUUAGCAUCAUUAAACCUUCACACUCUGAAUCGGGUCGAUCUAACAGUUCUAACACCGUCAUUUCUGAAGUUUAUGGUUUAAGCAUAAAGCGGUGA